AUGGCCAAGUCCGCUUCUCGUUCGCGGUCCUCCGCGGCGGCGGCGUCGUCGUCGUCGUCGUCACUCCACAAGCCUUCCAAGGCCAACUCAUUCAAAACAUCUGGCAGGUCCAGAGAAUGGUCUGCAACACGUAGAGCCGCCGAAGAAUCGCUUUCCAUACAGAUCCAAUAUACCCUCAAUGCUCUCAUCGCCCUCCUGGUCAUGCACACCCUCUCCUCCCCUUCUUCCCUCUCGCUUGCACAUCUCUCCUCACACCUGCAUCUGCCUCAUUCGCUCCAUUCCAUCAUUCCAUCCUGGCUUCGCCUGCCGUCGCUAGCACCUUUUGCUUCCGACCUUCCCAACGCUUCCGAAAAGGGCGGCCAUCAAGUCUGGUCUGAUCUCGUCGGCGAAGCUGCCAGCCUCGGUCCCUUCCGCAGCGACGCACGUGGAUUUGGACAUCCGCUCACAGCACUUCACAACUUUACUCGUGCCUGUCUCGGGCUCUCCUACCCCGUACCCGAUCCCUCUUCGUCGCCAAUCGCUGCUUUCAAGCAUCAGGCGCAUCGUCUUGUAGGCGGCGACUCGGUGCCUGCCACUGCUCCCUGGGCUCUUCUAUCUGGCAUUCCCGGUUACCUGUACGAGCGUGGCCUCAGAGACGCCCUCUUUGUCGGCACGCUAGUGCUGCUCUUCACCCUGGCUCGAGCGCUUCUCAUGAAGUUUCUGCUGCUGCCACUCGGAGAGCUCGCCGUGCCGCAUGUCAAAAAGCCGCGCAAGUCGGAACGCCAAUCAACCGAGGCUCUCAACGAGCGAGCCAAGGCGCUUCGCACUCGCGAGAAGGAGGUUCUGCGAUUUGCCGAACAAGGCUUCAGUCUCAUCUACUACACCUGCUCCUGGAGUCUAGGCUUGCUGAUCGCCUCACGCGAAUCCUACUGGCCACUCAACACCGUCGAAUACUGGACCAGCUAUCCGCAGUUCCAACUGGAACCUCUGUUCAAAUUCUACUAUCUGGCGUCCUGCGCGUUCUACAUCCAACAGCUGUUCGUCCUUCACGUCGAAGCACGUCGCUCCGACCACUGGCAGAUGUUCUCGCACCACGUCAUCACCAUCGCACUCAUCGCCGGAUCCUACGUGUGCAGCUACCACCGCGUCGGAAACGCCAUCCUGUGUCUCAUGGACCCAAGUGACAUUGCACUGAACGUUGCAAAGAUGCUCAAGUACGCUGGAUGGCAGACCACGUGCGACAUUGCUUUCGGGCUGUUUAUGGUUUCGUGGCUGGUCACAAGGCAUAUCCUCUACAUGCGAGUGGUUUGGAGUUGCAUCUUCGAUGCGCGCUCCGUCAUGUCCUUCCGACCACCAAACCGCCUGACGGGCGAUUACUUUACGAAGACGUCGUAUUUCACGCUGAUUGGAUUGCUGUGUGCUUUGCAGGUGAUCUUGUUGAUGUGGUUCUACAUGAUCUGCAGAGUGGCGUAUAGGGUGGUCACCAAGGCAGGCGCGGUGGAUUCGAGAAGCGAUGCCGAGAGCAGCUACGAAGAUGACGAAGUGGAGCAGCUGGCGGCCAAGGCGACUUCGACAGCGAUAAAGUCGAAUGGCGCGGCGAAGAAGAAGCGCAAAUAG